CGCGUCCAACACUUCUCCCAAAAAAUGUCAAAUUGAUCUGAAAUAUUGACAAUCCAUCGGUGAAUUUUAUCGAGCAAAAUGUCAGUCAUUGACGAUUCAGAGGCGAUAACCUUCGAGGUGGAGGACUUCCAGGUGCUAGAUGAGUGCGUGGGAGAAGAAGACACACCUCCGAACGACGACAAUCAACAACAGGAAGAGUACAACGAUAAAAUGGAUGACCCCGAGGAGAUAGACUUCACAGCUGACCUGGGUCUGGACAAUCUGAACGACCAGGACGUGAUGGAGCACCUGAAUGAGAUCGAGAACAUCGUCCUCGACGCCAAGAGCUUCGGCCUGGAGCCCAGCGAGGACGACAAACCCUCUGUAACAACUGAUGACUGUCCUGACAUCAUUCUCCUCGAGCCAGACAAGUCUGAUGACCCAGCAAUCAGUGAAGCGGGUGAUGACGACAAGAAAGAGGAAAAGCCCAUCGACCCUGAGCACCAGUGGUACGAGGAGAAACUAACGGCAAAAGUGGAAACCGUGAAAGACAGACUGGCGAAACUCUCUCGAGUCCUGGAGUACUCAUACCCCUGCUACAAGGACUACCUGCAGCUCCAGGCGAAGAGGAAUUCAACAGCAGUCUGUAAACUAGAUCCCCCGAGACGCUGUCCCCUGGACAGACCCCACACAAAUCGCUGGAAAUUCAUAUGCACUCGAAAGCCUCUCGAGGAAACAGGAGAUUCAACGGAGGAGAUCAAGGAUGAGAAUUCCAUCGGGAAGAUUGUUAAAACAGCAUGGCGAUUGGCAGCAUCUGGUGAUUCGGUUUCCAAUGCCAAUGCAUUUAAAACCAAUCCGCCAUUUGUUAUGCAUGCUGUUAAGAUAUUUGAGGACUUCAUCAACACCGAGACAACUAAUGAAGAUGAGAUAUCAGCGGUGGAUGAUAAGGGAUUAAAUGAUGAGAGAGAGACGUGGCUGUGGCUGCUUGUACGUAGCAAUAGCAAUGAUGAACUCAUGCUCUUUGCUACGGGGAAAGAGAUAUCUCAGGGUAGAAUGGAGGAGCUCAAGGCUAUAUACGAGGAUGGAGAGGGAAAAGAGUGCAAAGUUAAAUCACUUUACUGCAAGACCACCUCCAAAGUCGAUGGAAUUGUCGUACCCCAGACUAUAUUUCUGUCUGGGGCUGAGGCACUCGACGAAACUGUUGGUGAUUUGAAGAUUCAGCUCGCACCCAAGACCAAUUUUUGGUCCAAUACUACGGGAGCUGAACAGCUGGGGAGAGCUGUCAAGGAUUUGCUUGAUCCCAGAGCUGAUACCACUGUCAUUGAGAUUGGAUGUGGCCUUGGGCUCAUCUGUCUCAUGCUAGCUGCGCAAUGCGAGAGAGUGAUAGGAGUGGACUCUCAAUCAGAGAUCGAGGAGGCGGAGAUGACAUGCGACUUGAAUAAAAUAAAGAAUGCAACCUUCAUAAUGGGUGAUUCCCCAGAGACGAUGUCAAAGCUAUCGAAAACGGUAUUAAAUCGUAAAUCAUGUGCAGUAAUAAAUGGAAAUACAUCAGUUGCUCGUAAGAUCGACGUGAUCUGGGGUCUCCGGAAGAUACCAUCACUGCGUCGAGUGGUGAUGGUGACAACUCUGGCGAAGCAAUCGAUUCGUUCGAUCCUGGAGCUGAUAAAUCCAUCAAUACCGGCCCUGGGACGUCCCUUCGUACCGAUAAAAGCAGUUGUUGUAGAUACACUGCCAACAGGUCAGCACUUCGAGGUGGUAAUCCUGAUGGAGAGACGUCCAGCCUCGUCCCUGAUCCACCCAAAGCCAGAUAGAAAUCCCAACGCAGGGAAGAACGAUCGAAAUUCAACAGUAAAAUCAGAUCGCACCGUCAAUGCCUCUAAGCAAGACCGUACAAAAUCAGAGACAUCACCUAGGCCCUCGAAAUCCACAUCCAAUACUCCAAAGGCACUCGCGACGUCGAAGGGUGUUGCCUCGAUGAAACGCCAACCACCUCGUCGAUCACUACCUGAUAAAACUCUAGUGAAAAAUCCAUUUCACGAGAAAACAUCACCAAGACCCUCGCCAAAACCCACCACCAAGUCCUACAAAUCCCCUCAUCUUCGUGAUCCACCACCGAGAUCUGCUCGUCCCCCAAAAUCAAUUCUCAAGAAACCGGUGAAACGAUCUCACAACGAGUGCGAAGUAUUCAAGAUAUCAGUCCCCACGAAGCAUCCACGACCAUCAAUUGAUCCCAAUGAUUUGAGAUCAAGAUUGACUCACAACAGAUCAGAGCCAGAUCUUGCUCACCAGGUGAGGGAGCAGCAGAGAAUUCUCGAGGCAGCGAAGGAAAAAUUGGCGACUAGUGUCGAUCCAGCAACAGCACGUCAACUACAGGAAAUUCUUAAUCUGGCGCUUGAACAAACAAGCAAUAUGCAGAAUCAAUUGCCAAGAUCUGUGUGGGAUAGAAUAGCACCACCAGAGGGUUCAAUUAUGGAUAAUCGGAGUCCCAGUGAUGUGCCCUUGAAGGGGAGUUUUGUCCAGGAGAGAGGUGGUCAGGAUAUCGUGAUAACAACUCCAAAUGCAAAAUUCAAUGAGAGAAAGUAUGAGGGCAUUCCCCCAGCGAGUCCAAAUCAGCUGAUGCCAAGUGGUUAUUUCGCUGUCGCUGACAGAAGAGACAGACGAGAUAAACCCUACGACAGGGGUGAUAAAUGGGCUACGAGGGGUAGAUCACCGAGGAGAAUCGGUGACAGGGUAUCACCGAGGAGAUCACCACCGAGGAGAGGUCUGAGUCCUCCUAGGAGGGGUCCAAGUCCACCCAGAAGGAAUUAUUCACCUGGUGUGAGGAGGAGGACACCACCGAGGGCUCAGAUGUCACCCAUCAGGAGAUCACCACCCAGGCGGCAGUUGAGCCCACCCCGAAGGGGACCAUCGCCACCCAGGAGGCAGAUGAGUCCACCGAGAAGGGAUAUCAGGGAUUUUGAGGGACAGAGGAGAUCUUUGGGAUCGAUGGGACCAGCAAUGGCAUCUAUGGAGCAAAUGGAGGUCAUGCGAAGGCAGCUGUCACCACCGAGGAGGGGUAUGUCACCUCCUAGGAGGCAGAUGUCACCCCCUAGGAUGAUGCCGUCAUCUCCCAGGCGACAAUUACCAACAACUGUCACUCCAAUGUUUGGGGAUGACUGGGAUAUUCCGAGUAGAGGAGCUAUUGAACAGCAGAAUAAUUGGCAGAGGCAGAGUGACAGGGAGAGGGCACCCAAUAGUGGUUGGAAUUUUGGUAUGAGUGAGGGAGUCAGGGGUGGUGGACCCAUGGAGAGGGGCAUGGGGGUUGCACCUGGGGGAAGGGGUGAGGAUAAUUGGAGUGGUAAACAGAGUUUGAGUGAGAAUAGGUGGAGUGCGGGGGGUGGACCACCUGGGGAUAAUAAUUGGGGCAACAGGGGAAAAGAGGGAUUUAUUGGGGGUGCUAAGGGUUGGGAGGGGGGUAAAGAGGAUUGGAAUGAUCUCCCUGAGGAUGCCAGGGAUCCCUGGGACGAUGGGGGAAAUAAAGAUCGGUGGCAGGGACCUGCGGCACAGAAUCCGGUUUGGUCGCUGCCUGGAGGAUCUGGAGGACAGAGGUGGAGUCAAGGCCAGGGGGGGCAGGGGGCACAGUGGGGCCAGAGACCUGGGGGCUUCUCCGGGGGCUUUCCGUCUAGGUCUUUUGGGGGUUUUAAUGAUGGACGGUAAAGGGGAAUUUUAAGGGGAAUUAUUCUGAGGGGUUCCCGAGGGACAAUUCAAGAUUUUUCUUUUUAUUCUGGAAUUUCUCGUGAAUAUCGAUUUAUUGAUUUAAUAAUUUUGGGAUUUUUC